CGCACUCAAACACCGACUCAAGUCACUCAAACACCUACAAACAAAUCUAGACACCUACCAAAUCGCUACAAUGGACGAAGACCUCAUCGCCAUGAUCGUGGUCAUGGGUCUUUUUGUAACCUUCCCUCUUGGCGUCGUCCUCUUCACCACGGCCUGCAUCGCAUACUCGCGCACCAAGAAAUGGGACAAGGAGCGCAACCUCAAAAGCGUCAACGCCGAAGCCUCCGACCCCCUGAUUGACGAAGACGAAGACGACUUCCUCGACACCGACGACGAGGAGGAGUUUGCGGCCAAGAAGGCUGAGGAAGAGAACGACAAGACUCUCACCUUCAAGCAGAAGUUCCGCAAGGAGUUCCGCGCGGUCUGGUCAGGAAAAGGCAGGGAGCAGAUCAUCAAGGAGAGAGAGCGCGAGGAGAGGAGGAAGUUGGCUAAGGCUGUUGCGAAGGAGCUUGAGAGGAGGGAGCGCAGGCGUGCUAGGAAGGCAGAGAGGCAGGCGGGCUUCGAGGUUGCGCCGCCUAGCUAUAAGAACUAGAUGGUGACGGUGAUGACGGAGGUGAAGGUGUUGGGUCAAGCUAAAAGCCAUCUUUGACCGUAUGAUGGAGUCUCCCUUGGCUUAAGAUUGAUAUACCCCUACUGUUCUGCACUUUUACUAUUCGCAAACCAAAAUCGCCACUUGUUGGCACAUUCACAAACUGCUCUUCGAUGUCUCCUUCUCUUUCAUCGAUCUUAUCAUUGCUAGUGCUGUGUCUAAGCCCCUUUUCGUGUUCUCGAAGUAAAUAUGCGAGAACUCACUGCUCGCCUGCCCGCUAA